GUCAAAGAAAGGUUGGAAGAGAGAGGUAGAGGGAGAAGAAAAAGGAAAGGCAGACGAAACCAGUUUCGGUCAAGUUCCGAUAAACACUCGCAACUCGCAGCCUUUAUCUUUACUUAUUUGCUUUUGUUCCUCUAUUUUCUCCCCUCCCAUGCUUUCUGUGCCUUUCCCCUGCCACUGCCAGUUAUCUCUCUCCCUCGCUCCCCUCCUAUUCAUUCACUAUAUACAUACAUACAUAGUUAACAUCUAAACUCUUUGUAGUCGUCCCUCUUUCUUUUAACUCUCUUUUUCUUUCUCGCAUUGUUUCUUCUUCUUUUUGGAUUGUUUCUCUAAACAAGAAAUAAAAAAGUAGAGUCUUCCCUAUCAGCAAAAAUAAUAAAGGCAACUUGAUUGCGAAUGUCUGGAAUCUUGAGAUGGAUGAACAAGGUGAAUCGAAUGACGCUGCUGCUGAUCUCACACAGCUCCCGUUCCAACCACCCCCAACGGUUCACGCAGGUAUCGUCUAUCUCGACCCACCUGAACCACCUCCAAGUGGGUACCCACCGCCGGCGCGACUCUCUUAUCGGAGUCCAAGAGCGUUACAAGUGGGACCACAGUGGCUCUGACAGCGAUGGCCUCAAACAUAACCAUAUCCGCAAGAUUCGUGCGGAGUCCAAUUGCCCUCGCUGCUUCAAGCACAUGGAUCUUCUAUUCUCCUUCUCCAAUCGCCACAAUUUAGCCCCUCCGGUUCCGCUUGGGACCUUGGAUGAUGUUGAUGGUGAUCAUGCUCAUCAUGCUAAGACCGGAGCAGCCGUCAAUCUCUGCCCCAAUUGUAAAACCGCUUUCUACUUCCGGCCCCACCGGAUUGUCCCCCUCCAGGGCAGCUUCGUCGAGAUAGGCAGAGUCAAUAAUACACCUACCAGACCCAGGAACAGCAACAAAGCUGAUGGCAAUGGUAACGGUGGUGGAGAAGAGGAUUAUCGGAAUAAUAACACUAUUGCUAACACAAAUAAUCGGUUGAGGGCCUCGUUUUGGGACAAUUUAAGAUCCUACAGUUCUGCUGGGGACCCGCCAGAGAAUUGGGCUCCCCCGCCUUCGGGAAAUGGCUUGGCCGUCCAUACUCCUCCCGGGCCGCCUUUUGCGCCUGGGGUUAAUGUAGUUCGGGCGUCAGGGCCCGGUGGUGGUGGCACUGCCGGUGGCGGUGAUGGGAGAAGUAAUGGAGAGAAAAACGCAUGGGGCGGGUCGAGUUUGGGCAAGGAUUUGCCCACGCCAAAAGAGAUUUGCAAGGGUCUGGACAAGUUUGUUAUUGGCCAAGAUAGAGCCAAAAAGGUGCUUUCAGUUGCUGUACAUAAUCACUAUAAAAGAAUAUAUUAUGCAUCCCUGCGGAAAGGGCUAGGAACAGAAUCAGGAAUUCCUGAGAGAAUGGAUGAUGACGAUAAUGUGGAGCUAGAUAAGAGCAACGUCCUUUUGAUGGGCCCAACUGGCUCAGGGAAGACACUGCUUGCAAAAACACUAGCUCGAUUUGUGAAUGUGCCCUUUGUCAUCGCUGAUGCAACAACUUUGACACAGGCAGGUUAUGUUGGAGAAGAUGUUGAAUCAAUCUUGUACAAAUUACUUGCGGCGGCUGAGUUCAAUGUACAAGCAGCUCAACAAGGGAUGGUGUAUAUUGAUGAAGUUGACAAGAUAACUAAGAAGGCAGAGAGCUUAAACAUUAGCAGAGAUGUCUCUGGUGAGGGUGUCCAACAGGCAUUAUUGAAAAUGCUAGAAGGAACAAUAGUCAAUGUUCCUGAGAAGGGAGCAAGGAAGCAUCCUCGGGGCGAUAACAUACAGAUAGAUACAAAAGAUAUCCUUUUUAUAUGUGGUGGAGCAUUUGUUGAUCUUGAGAAAACCAUUUCAGAGAGGCGUCAAGACUCUUCAAUUGGUUUUGGAGCACCUGUUCGUGCAAACAUGAGAACUGGUGGAGUAACCAAUGCUGCAGUGACGUCAUCCUUACUUGAGUCGGUUGAAAGUGCUGAUCUUAUAGCAUAUGGUCUCAUACCGGAGUUUAUUGGACGUUUUCCAAUUUUAGUUAGUUUGUUAGCUUUAACUGAGGAUCAACUUGUGCAGGUCCUCACAGAACCAAAAAAUGCUCUUGGUAAGCAGUACAAGAAAUUAUUCGGCAUGAACAAUGUGAAGCUACAUUUUACAGAAAGAGCAUUGAGACUGAUUGCCAAGAAAGCAAUGGCAAAGAAUACUGGUGCCAGGGGUUUAAGGGCCAUACUGGAAAGCAUUCUUACUGAAGCCAUGUACGAGAUUCCAGAUAUGAAGACAGGAAAUGAGAGAAUAGAUGCUGUUGUGGUCGAUGAGGAGUCAGUGGGUUCAGCAGAUACCCCUGGAUGUGGAGGGAAAGUUCUCCAUGGGGAUGGUGCAUUGGAGCAUUACUUAGCGGAAACCAAGUUGAAAAAGUCAGAGGAUAAUGUCGAGGCAGCGGAGGGAGAGUUGCAGGAGGGUGACUCAGAUCUGUCAUCUAGAGCCAUGAGCAUGUAACAUCAUUGCAAACAGAGUUACUGUUAGGAUGCAGCAAAUUUCUGUGUUAUUGCUAAUUUGUAAAAACCACAUCCAUAUAUAGGUCGGUGUAAUUUAUCCCCUUGUAAAACAGAAUACCUUGGGGUUUCAUGUUCAUUGGAUUAGAGGGAAAAUGAAAGUAAAAUGUAGCAUUGCUAAUUUAUGCAGCACACUA